CUGACUUAGAUCCGCCUGGAGGAGAGGUUUUCUUCAAUUUAGGAAAUGGAGGAUUGAGAGCAUAAAGGAAGGAGGGGGAGGUUAGCAGAAAAAAAAAUAUGAGAAAACGUAAUUCCGCUCGAAAAUGUCAGUAUUAUUUUUUAUUCUUUGAAAAAUAAGAUUACCGAUUACUACCGUCACUUGGUUGAGGAAGUACAUAGGAUGAUCGAACUGUGAGCAAGCAAGAUAAUAUUCAUAACUUGAAACUAGUCUUUAAACCGCAUAUCCGGUGUCCUUGUUUCAGACAUCAUGGUGUUUCAGACACUCUUCAUUAAAUGGACAGCUCGGCUGCACGGCCCAAAAAUCUGCCUCCCAUAUUAACUGUAAAACAAACCUCUAUUCAUCGGAUAUCCUUCAUUAAACGGACAACUAGUAGCACGGUCCCUAUUUUCCUGUAAAAAAAGACUCAAAGCGGACAUCUCUAUUAGUGAAUAACAGGUGCUGCUGUACUUGUUUUAGUGUAUCCUUUAACGGGAUUCCUGUUUGAUUGUUUUAGCCUUCUCUUAUUAUAUGGGAUACCUGUGGAAUCGUAAAAAUCUUUAAACAACUCUCCCUUGAAAGUUUAUUAGCUACCUGCUCAUUGACACGGUACUUACAGAAUCACCGGUACCCGCUAUGUACCACCCGUCCUUAGUACAAAGCCCACGCUUUGAAUCAUGGGUACAUGAAUUGUUUUGAACAAUUGAAGGCAGAAGACAAUAGAGCGUGUUUUGGGUGAUUUUUGAUCUUCCAAAAAGAAACGAAAUUGGACAAAUUUUAUCAUUUAUUUCUACCAAACAUGAAUAACGUCAUAUAGAAAAACUCAAAGAAAAUCAUCAACGAAUGAUUUAAGACAAGAAGAUUACAAUGUUGGUGACUUUGCUCGCCUUUUUUAUUUCAUUUCAGAUUGCACUUGCAACAGUAUCACUGGACCAUUUACCAGAACUCGGCAGCGCAGUUACCCAAGAUCUCCUUGACCAACUCGAAUAUGACGAGAUUCUAAAUAAACCAAUAGCAGUUGGGUUCUUUCUGAGAGGUGCACAAGGGCCCCCGGGACCAGACGGCCCUAAAGGACCCCCGGGAUAUCAAGGCGUACAGGGUGACGCAGGAUACCGGGGAUAUACGGGAUAUAGAGGACGCCGUGGACCUCCUGGUAUGAUAGGUCCGCGAGGACCCCCAGGACCUCCGGGAUAUAGAGGACCUAAAGGACCGUCGGGUGUUAUGGGACUUCCUGGCCCUCCCGGGGCACCCGGUCCACAAGGAACUCACGGAUCUGCACCAGCUUAUCCUGAAUAUCCAAUGUUUAUGGUUUCAACGAAUGUGACCACAGUUUGCGAAGGAGGACGCGAAGUUCUUCUUUGUGGCUCACAACAACUCGUUAAAAUCAUCCACGCAUUCUGGGGACGAGACAACCAUUACACAUGCGCACAAACUAACUCUCCGAACAUGACCACCCUUCAGCUUACCGAGAUGGACCCAGAUCACGUGUUGCGCACCCUUAAGUACUACUGCACUGACAAGCAGUCGUGUCCAAUCUCAGCGAGGAGGGGAAUAUUUGGUGACACACAGGAACCCCAUGUUGCCAAAUACUUGCAAGUAUGGCAUGAAUGUAUACCAGAUACCAGAUAUUUGAUGCAAAAUGCGGCGCGGAGAUCCCGACGUGAUGUUCAAAUGAACAACAAAAAGGAAAAACGGGAAUUCUUUCUUCGUUUUCAUGAUCGGACCGAGGUAAAAGACGAACACAGCCGAGCAGUUGACGAAACAGACCCCGCUAAAACAAACGCUGGGGUCAGCGGGACAGGUACUGAGCAGGCGCAGUGGGACAAAAGCAACGAGCAAAGCAACAAAACGUUUUUCAAAAUUCAGACUAAAAGCAAACGAGAAGAAGAGAAGAAAUCCAAUAAGAAAUUGGCUCACAUCCUUAAUGAGCUGUUACACGACCGUGUUCUCUCCGAAAGUACAUAGAAACUUAACCUUACAGAUGCUUGUUAUAUAAAUUGUAAAAUUUCGGUUGAACUUAGCUUGUAGAAUCAAUUCACGUUUAAUCUCCAAAUUUAGGCUAAAAAAAAGAAAAGAAAUAUUAAGCAUAUAGCUUAUGAAC